AUGUCUUCGCAGCAGAAGAAGAGCGCGGCCGGCGCGCGCUUCGAGCUGCUGCCCGCUCUGAAGCUGGAUUUCGGCAGCAUUACCGACGGCACCGACAUCCCUCCACCGCCGGAGUCUCCGAUCGAGCCGACAUACACACCGUCCAAGACGUCCGACGGCAGCAACGCGAGCAUUGGGGCCAAGGAGCCAACGUCGUCGACGCACGAGAACAAGGCUGGCCCGCGAAGCCUCGCCGACAACGCGCCGCCCAGUCCUGCCGCGUCCGGUCACCAGGACAGCAUCAUCCAAGAGAGUGCGCGUAGCGUCGCCAACGUAUAUCGUCCGGCCAGCCGAGGCGCCGCCAGCGCUGCCAGCGCCGCGGACUCUGAGAAAACGAAGCGGGCGAGCGGCUGGUUCAAGCGUCUGAGAUCGGGAGACACGCAGUCAAGGAGACGGUCGAGUCUCUUGAGCCUCGAGCAAACAAACGUACCAACAGCGUCGAAGUCGACGCCUGCUAAACCACCUCCCAAGAUUCCCAACCUAGUACACCUCGAGAGCGAAAGCAGCAGUUUUGGAUCCGACUUAUUCGAUCACAUCAAAUAA